CCAUCACCUCUCCCGCCUGAUCAGGACGGCUUCAACAAGCACUUAUUUGAAGGGGAGACAUCUCGAGCUUUUUGUAUAUCAAAACCACACACAAGAGCCGUUUAACUUGAUCGUGCUCCUCUUGCUGUGGGGGUUUGCCGUCUGAGAUUCCUUGGGCAUAACGCGCCUCUCCCCACAUUCUUGGUGUUCCCUAGCCAUUCAGUAUCUGCGUCAUACUGGACCGUAACCGAAUUAUAAUUGGAAAUCGUGGCUUUCAAGAAUUUGCUGCCCUUAUCGACCCCCGCUCAGCUUUGUUGACAUCUGUCCGAUCUGUCCGCUCUGUCUCUCCAUCUUGAGCGACUGCGUGCUACGCUGGGCCGUAGAUCUCUCUAUCAAUGGAUGAAUCCCACCAUCGACUCAUCCCGCGAGGCUAUGGGAUUAAUGCCACCUACGUCUAUGAAUACUCGCGUGGUCUGAACGGUGUUGAUGUCCCGCGGGAUGUUCUGUUUUCACGGAUCAUCUUCUCGUCCUUGAUAUUCGUCGCCCUGGUUGUCUUUAGCGGGCGUGUCGGACAAAUCAGCCAUGCCUAUCUUCGUCAAAUUACCUCUCUAACGGCAAGCAGGAGAGAGCAGACCUUUUGGAGCGUUGAAGUAUCUUCGCUUUGGGCAAACGUCAAGAAGCAUCUGUUGUAUGCGCCCCUGGGCAGGAAGAGGCACAACCGAGAAAUCCAACUUUCAUCCGCCAUCAACGUCGGCACACUGCCUUCUAGAUUCCAGGUGAUUCUAGUCGUGCUAUAUCUGGCGAGUCAGGUCGCUUAUUGUACUCUGCUUGAUUACAAUGCGAACGUCAAGGCAGCCCUUGUGGCUGAGCUUCGUGGACGUUCAGGUACCUUGGCAGUGUUGAACAUGGUGCCCCUUUUCAUCCUCGCCGGUCGCAACAAUCCGCUUAUUCCCUUGUUGCAUGUGAGUUUCGACACCUACAAUCUCCUUCAUCGUUGGUUGGGCCGGAUAGUUGUGCUUGAAAGCAUUGUGCACACGUGCGCAUGGGCAGUAAAUGCUUGCGACGAGGUCAGCUUCUCUGACAUGCUCGAGCGUUUACGCACUACACCUUUCUUCACCUGGGGCCUACUGGGAACUUGCUCCAUGAUCACACUGGGUCUUCACUCGCCAUCCCCGAUCCGGCAUGCUUUCUAUGAGACCUUCUUGCAUCUGCACCAGCUCGCCGCUUUCCUAGCCUACCUUGGUGUGUUGAUGCACUUGGAUCUCGACAAUCUCCCGCAAAAGCCGUGGAUUAUAGCGCUGGGUCUUCUCUGGCUAUUGGAAAGGACAGCCCGCCUCUGUCGACUUCUGUACUUGAAUAUCUCUCCCCGAAGAGGGUCCACACGGCUUGUCGUGGAAGCCCUCCCAGGUGAAGCCUGCAGGGUGACUUUUCACUUGCCCAAGCGUGUGCGCAUCAGCCCCGGAAGCCAUGUGUACGCCUACAUCCCAAGUGUCUCCUUUUGGAUGUCGCAUCCAUUUUCUGUCGCUUGGGUAGACCCAAGCAGCUCCGUGACCGUUCCUGCUACGACAGAAAAAGAUCUUAUCGACCCUUCGCUUCUCGAAAAGCAGCCACUUGCUAGUUUGGAUGAGUAUAUGCGGGACUCCCAGGAGCCCACGUCCGUUUCCCUCAUCGUUGGUGCUCGACAAGGCAUGACACGGAAGUUGUACAACAAAGCUCUGGCCUCGCCUGGACAAACACUCUACACCUCGGGGCUUAUUGAAGGACCCUAUGCGUCCCAUGCGUGCAACAUGGGCAGCUAUGGUACAGCUAUACUCUUCUCAGCCGGUGCAGGCAUUACCCAUCAUAUGCUAUACGUCCGCGACUUGCUCAUACGCUCCUCAGAGGGUCGCGUGGCUACCCAGAAGAUCUACCUCGUAUGGUCUGUACGCAGUACGGAACAUCUAGCCUGGGUACGGGAGUGGAUGGACCAGAUCCUCCGGCUUCCAUCGAGGCGCGAGAUUCUUACCAUCAAACUUUUCGUGUCCAAACCAAAAAGCAGUCGCGAAAUCGUAUCACCCAGUGCGACCGUCCAAAUGUUCCCAGGCCGGUGUCGCCCCGACGUCGUUCUCAACGAGGCCAUUCCCCAACGUGUGGGUGCCACCAUUGUCUCUGUCUGCGGGCCUGGUGCAUUCGCAGACGAGGUGCGUGCUGCUGCACGUAACAACAUUGGAAUGGGCGCCGUCGUCGAUUUCGCCGAAGAAGCCUUCACAUGGUAGUCCACCAUACAAAAUUGCCACCUUUGCCUUGGGAUAUAUUCAUUCCUUUUAUUUUACUAACCUUCGAUUCUUGUUCCAAAAUUUCUCUUCUCGACUUUCGUUCAAACAUU